ACCACGUACGUACACACUCACGUCAACCAUCUUUGCGUCAACGUGCGACCUGCUCUGCUCCCUACACGUACAAACUCAGAAAAUGGAUGUAUGGGAUGAGUAUGCAGACGCACCUGCUGGGGACUGGGGUAAGAUGACGGAUGCAAGAUUCAAGGCAGGGUAUGCUGAAGGUAUUGUGAAGGGGGAACAAGAGACCGUUCAAGAAGGUUUCAAUACAGGUUUUCAGCAGGCAUCUCUAAGUGGUAUUCCAAAAGGCUUUUUACAGGGAGUUCUUAGUGCAAUUUCAACAUCUGAACAGCUUUAUGGAACUCUGCCAUUUGAAGACCGUACAAAGCUGGCAUCUCUGCUUGAAAAAGCUAAUGAAAGAUUAUUACAAACUAAACAAUUAGAAGCAGAUGAGAAAAGACUGAGUAACAAAAAAGAUUUAUUCGAUAAACUUACAAAUAAAGAUGAAACCUGUAAAAAUUUUGAGGCUUGUGAUGGUGAUUGCAGUUGUUCGAAGCCAACUACUGAUGAAUAUAUAAACAAAACUGUUGACCUAGAUAUUGAAUUAGUUAAAAGUAUUUUGGAAGUAAUGAAAGUUGAACAGAAUGAUUGGCCUACAUUUUGCCAUCAAUGAUAAUUGAAAAGAUAUAAUCUUUAUUUGAGAGUGCAGCUUAGCUCAGGCGGCUAAACUGGUGGUAGUCACUGUGUGUCUGCUGAACCAUGGAGAUCCUCCAGGUCUCCUUGUGUUUCAACUGGAGGCCUGAAAUGCAAGAUACGAUAGCGCACCAUCUUACAGAUGAGACACUUAAGGCGUUGAUCAUGUGCACGUUAAAGAAAGCAGUACACCCUUCGGAAAAGAGUAAGGAAUUGUCUCCUGAUGUACUGCCCAAUCACCACCAGGAGGACCCCACUGGAAAUAAGUCUUCUUCAGACUUUUGUGGGCUAUCCUUGGUGUUCACACCAUAUAAAUCCAUCCAGCCAUACUAAAUGUUAUAAAAUGUAUUGAACAAUCUGUUGUAAUGGACAUUGAAAUUGGUUUUUGAUUCUCAUAAACUCUAUACAUAUAAAUAUAGUAUAUUCCAUAUAGUGCUAGACUUCCAAUUUCAAAUUGAGAGAGAAUAAAAUUGCCAGAUUUAUGUCAAACCUCAUUAAUGAGCCUGGGAUAUGGUUUACAUUUAAAAAAAAAAUAAAAAAUAUUCUGAUUAAUAUAGGCUAAUUAAUUUAAGAUAUAAAAAUAAUUUUAUUUUUUAUAAUUUAUGGUCCUACCUUUUCUUCGGCGCCGUGAGACGAUUUUAUUGUGGAAGGUGCACUAAAAAUAUCCCACCAUUACCAUUACCAUUAAAAGCUAUUUAUGCAUGUGAUGGAAUAUUGUACACACUGUAAAUUAGUAUAUCUGUAUGUUUUUUUAAAAAUAAUUUAUACAAAUUUUAAGAUGUUCUUCCUCUCAUUUAAUUAUUAAAUUUGCCACAAAAUAAAAAA